AUAAAAUCUACAUUUCAAGAGUGUCAGGACCUGAUUAUUAUAACAGUUCUGUGUUGAAGAAAAUGUUUGUUUUGUUUAUUUUCUUCUGUUUGUGCUCAUGGAGUCUUGCUGGUGUGUUUGGUGAUGAAGUGAAGUCAGUGUCAGUGACGGAGGGAGAUUCUGUCUCUCUACACACAGAUUAUACUGAUACACAGAGAAAAGAUUCGAUUGAGUGGAAAUUUGGAUCUAAAAACAUUCUCAUCGCUCAAAUCGACAGAAAGAACAAUGUCUCAACAAUACAUAAUGAGAGUGAUGGUGGGAGAUUCAGACACAGACUGAAGCUGGAUCAGACUGGAUCUCUGAUCAUCACAAACACCAGAACCACAGACUCUGGACUUUAUAAAGUAUUCGGCAGAACAGAGACGCCGCUCAACAUCUUCAAUCUCACUGUCUACGCUCCUCUCCCCAUUCCUGUCAUCACCAGAUACUCUACACAAAAUUCAUCAUCAUCUUCAUCAUCAUCAAAUUGUUCAUUCCUGUGUUCAGCCGUGAAUGUGAGUGAUGUGACUCUCUCCUGGUACAAAGGAAACAGUUUAUUCUCCAGCAUCAGUGUGUCUAAUAUCAACAGAAGUCUUUCUUUACAUCUGGAGUGUCUGGAUGAUUCAUACAGCUGUGUGGUGAACAAUCCCAUCAGAAACCAGACCACACAUCUCAACACUGAACUCUGUCAGACAUGUUCAGGUACAUCUGUUGGCACUAUAUAUCCCCAAACUAAAUGAAUGAUAAUUCUGUUCUUACAUUGCUCAUUUCUUCUCUCAGAUCACUGUAUCUGCUGCUGUGGUUCUACUGAAGCUGUGAUCCGAUUGGCUCUCUCUGCUCUGGUGGGUGUGGCUUCUGUUGCUGUGCUGGUUUAUGACAUCAGAUCCAGAAAUCCUCUACAGAAGAAGACAUCACCAUCAAACUCUGAUUAAUCAGAUACUCCUGAAGGUGGAGAUGCUCUUAGAACAACUGCAAAGAAAAGUAAUUUAAGUGAUUAUUAGAUUAUGAUUUUUAGAUAAAUUGAUUGUUAUACGUUUAUCAGAGUAGAAUCUACUGGUUGUCACAAUUUCUUCACUCACUGUUGUAUUAAUGACAACCUAGAAUGAUGUAAUAUUACCAAUCAAAUAUUUGUUUUAAGACACGAUUAAUGCUCAGUUUUUGUAACUUUUUUUAGUAUAGAUAAGAAUGUCAUGUAAGUUAUUGUGAUUUUUUUUUGUGCUGUUGGUUUUCUUCUCCCUUUUCAUGCUUUGUAUCUAAAUCUUUAAUCUCUUUACCUGUGGGCUGACAUUUUUAGUGUCAACACACAGACUUAUAAUUCAGUAUAAUUUCUUACAUUUGUUGUAAUUUGUAGUUUUAAAUUACUGGACAUUUUUGGUUCAAGCUCACAUUUUG